AUGUUAGAAUAUCCAUCGCUGCCAUCUUAUUAUGAAAGUAUUACCCAACCGCAGCAUGCAUCUGUGCAUAAACCAUCUCCACAAUUAUCAGAAAUAACAGCAAUGCAUCUUCCCUAUUCUCAUCUUCCACAGUUAGCAACGAUUGAACCGUAUAUGUUAAAUAAAUUGACCUUACUAGACAAUGAACGCAUUAUCGCACCCAUUACGUCGCAAUGUUCCGGUCUCGCUAAAGCUAAUCUUACUCAUGGUAUUCGUAAAGUGAUUCUUAAUCGUAUCAAAGGUAAAAAGUAUGGAUUGAGGAUGCGAGCCAUCAAUCAGGGUAUUUUUGUUCAAUUAGUAACGGAAGGUUCUCCGGCUGCAACUGCCGGUAUACGAUUUGGUGAUCAGUUGCUUAAUUUAAAUGGUACAGAAGUGGUUGGAAUGACCGGACAAAAAGUAAUGAAUAUGAUGAAGAAAUCAAAAGAUUCAAUAAUUCUUAUUCUCAGAGACAGACCUCUGGCCAGCAUGAUAACACUACAUAAAGAUGCAGCUGGCUUGUUAGGAUUCUCAUUUAAAGAUAAUCUUAUCACAGCAGUGAUGCAAGAAACAAGCGCUAGUCGUAAUGGAUUACUUAUCAAUCAACGAAUUAUUGAAAUUGAUGGACGAAAUGUUAUGGCUUUCAAGAAUAAAGCGAUGAAAUCGUGCUUGGACAAUGCGCCGAUGACUGUUACAUUAACGCUUAUGCCUACAGAAUUUUAUGAUGAAAUUACAAAAAAUUUGCAUCGAUCAUUAAUGAAGAAACAGAAUCACAAUGUGCCACAAUUAUGA